CCCUCUCUCUCUCGGCCGGCGGCCGCAGGCUUCGCGGGGAGGAAGGCGGAAGCGGGGCCCGGGCUCGGGAGAGCGGGGCGCUCGGAGGACAGGACCGGACCGGACCGGACCGGAUCGGACCGGACCGGACCGGACCGCGCCGCAACCCCCACACCUCCACCGGCCGCCUUGGGCACGGCCGGCCCCUCUUCCUCCCGACGGACCCGGGAAGGCCGUGCCGCUCCGGACCCGGACAGCUUCCUCCGUUCUCUCCACCCGGAGCCGGCUCCCGGUCGUGGGCGACGGCCGCGGCGGGCGGCUAGGACCCAGCCCCGUCGACCCUCCGUCCCCGCCGCGGGCUCCCGGACGAGCGACCGUCCGGCAUGUACGCCCCGGGGGGAGCGGGGCUGCCCGGCGGGCGCCGACGGAGAGGCCAGGGAGGCGGCGCCCUGCCCAAGCAGCCCGAGCGCAGCCUGGCGUCGGCCCUGCCGGGAGCGCUGUCCAUCACGGCCCUCUGCACCGCCCUGGCCGAGCCCGCCUGGCUGCACAUCCACGGGGGCACCUGCUCCCGCCAGGAGCUGGGAGUGGCCGACGUGCUGGGAUACGUAGACCCGGAGCUGCUCAAAGAUUUCUGCAUGAACCCCCAGACGGUGCUGCUCCUGCGGGUCAUCGCUGCCUUCUGCUUCCUGGGGAUCCUGUGCAGCCUCUCCGCCUUCCUCCUGGAUGUCUUCGGGCCCAAGCACCCAGCCCUAAAGAUCACCCGCCGCUACGCCUUUGCCCACAUCCUGACAGUCCUGCAGUGCGCUACGGUGAUCGGCUUCUGUUACUGGGCCUCCGAGCUGAUCCUGGCCCUGCAGCAGCAGCACAAGAAGUACCACGGCUCCCAGGUCUACGUCACCUUCGCCGUCAGCUUCUACCUCGUGGCGGGGGCGGGCGGGGCCUCCAUCCUGGCCACGGCGGCCAACCUCCUGCGCCAUUAUCCCACGGAGGAGGAGGAGCAGGCCCUGGAGCUGCUGUCCGAGAUGGAGGAGAACGAGCCCUACCCGGCCGAAUACGAGGUCAUCAACCAGUUCCAGCCCCCGCCCGCCUACACGCCCUAGCGCCCUCCCCGGGACUCGCUCCCCUCCGCCGCGCCGCUCCGACACUCCGGCCCCCGUGGGAGCGCCGCCGCUUCCUGCGGGCCGCCCUCCGCCCGAGGCGACCCGUCAUCCAGCCCUUCUCUUGGAAGGCGAGUCCCGUGUAUUUCUCGCGCGUGCCCCUUCCCCAAAUCCCUGCCUCCCGGAUCCACUCUGGUCUCCGCCGUCCGGGGUCAACCACACCAGCUUCUCCCGUCGGGCGUCCUUCCUGACGGGCUGGGAUCUCCCCACGUUGGCUCGCGGGAGUGUAGGCUCCUGCCUGGAGGGGAGCCUCUCCGGGGCCUGGACUGGGGGGCGGGGGGCGGGGAGGGAGGGGUGGAGGAGGAGGAGGAGAGAUGCCCAGAAGGCCCCGGACAGAGGGCUUCCUUUCUCUGGAAGGGCGACCUCUCCUCCUCCACCUGGCAGCUGACGGAAGCAGUGGCGGUGUCCACUCUCCCCGCCGCCCCCGCCCCCCAACCUGCCUCGUCUCUCCCCCUCCCCACCCCCCCCCCCACGAGCCGAACCCAGGGCGUCACGCUGCGACAGGAGCGGUUUGCACUUUAACCUCCAGCCGUCCUUGCUCGGCCCGAGUGAGGAGGGGCAGACGCAGGUGGGCGAUUGGGCAGUGCCUGUCCCCGCGGCGGCGGGAGAGCCGGCCGGAGCCCUGCCCGGGAUGGGCCUCGGGGCGGGCUGCCUCCGCCGCGGAGGAUCGGGGCCAGCGGGACCCGGCCCCCUGUACGUUCCGCCUCUUCUACCCCUCACCCCCCAAAACCAGGCUUCCCUUUUCGACUGGGGGCAAAGGUGUUGGAAUUUUAAGGAUUUUAGCCCCCUCUCUCAACCCUGCUACGUUUUGGCUGUCCCAAGCCUGCCCUGAACUUGGUUUCCUUCCCGCUAACGCCUCACGUCAGAAUCCGUCCCGCCAGCCAGCCCGCGAAACCUAUUAACCUAUUACUGUUGCCCCGCUAGAGGGGACCCAGCGAGAGAGCGGGGGCCGUCCCCUCUCCCCUGGGAGCCGAGGCCAUACCGUUCUAUCAUUCUCCGAACCGACACCUCGGGGGGAGGGAGGGGGCGUCCGGAAAGUCAGAGGGGGCCCGCGGCGCCUUACGGAGCCCCGUGGGGUUCCUCAGAAAACAAUCUGGUUGGGGGGGGGGGGGGGGCGGGACGGGCCACCGCUGUCUGUUCCUCUCUUCGCCCCUUCUCGAAUGUAUCUCUCGUUUCGCCACAUACGGCUGGUUCUUCCCCGCUUGGGCUCCGCCCUUGGCCAGCGUGCUGGUCACACGCAGGCCUCGGGCCCGGGCCCAGUCCGGUGCCCGGGCGUCGGGCUGCUGGUGCCGUGAACCCGGGGCCUUCCGGCACCCCGGUCCCCGGCCGGGGAGGCCCCGGUCGGUGACGGUCGUCGGCACGGAUGCGGAAGACCGAGCUUCCGUCUUCAGCGCGCGGGCUCCUCCGGGGGAAGCUUGGUAUCGCCGAGCUGAGCGUUCUGCGGAUUGCAGCCACGUGCCUGACCCCGGAGGGGGGGAUAGCUCGAAGACGGGAUUCGGGCCCAGACGCGCGGGCGCCGGGUGACCGUGAAGACGGCAUCCAGGGCGUCCCCUCCGCCGGGGUCAAACCGAGGAGACCUUGAGCCGAACUCCCGCGUCGGGGACCGGGACCUCCCCCGCCCGGGGACUCUCCGGUUGCCUAGAGAUCCCUGCUGUCAUCGCCGCGGUGACUCGCACGCCCCUCCGGGUGGGUUCCUCCCCCCCAACGACAAGGGUUUUUUUAAAUAGAUAACCUGGGCGCCGAGCCCAGGAACUGCAUCAAGUAUCGUACUUCUGUUAAACCCUUUCAUUGUGACUGGCGGAUCUCCUGGGGGUGUGGCCGGCUCCCCCCGGGCCUGAGACAGAGACAGACAGACAAAAUGACCGGCACAGCAUCAGCCCGCCACAGGCGUCCGGCCUGGCCACGAGGAGCCGUGCGGGUGAGCGGGAGGGCACGAGCCCCGUGGACGGCCGGACGGGAGCCGAACUGCACUUUGUUCAUUCGACACCCCUCAAACACCCCUAGCCCCGCUGCCGGCCGCCGAUGGUCUGUCGUGUAAAUUCCCGUCGGUCUUUUUGUUUUCUAGAGAAAAAUAAAAAUACCGCAACAAAGUCA